CUCUCUCCCCCUCUUUUUCAUACAUACAUAUCAGAUCUACCUAAUACUAUGACCUUAGAACAACAACCACAUCAAACUGCAUCUAAUGGUUUCCAAUCUGGUUCUGCCUACUAUGAAUUAUCUAGACCAAAGUAUCCUUUGGAAUCUAUUGAUUUUAUCAAAACUAUUAUUCCUGUGAAUGGUAAAGUAGUUGAUCUUGGAGCAGGUACAGGAAUCAUGACCAAGUUUCUUGUGGAAGUGUGCCAAUAUCAAGUGACGGCUGUGGAACCUGUAGAAGGGAUGCGUGAAAAAUUGUUAGCUGCUGUACCUGGUGUCAAGGCCGUAAAUGGUACUUCUUGGAAUACUACCUUACCUUCUAACUCACAAGAUGCUGUCAUUGUUGCUCAGGCUUUUCAUUGGUUUGAUGAUUUGAAAAGUUUACAAGAAAUCCAUCGUAUUCUCAAACCUGAAGGUCAUUUGUUAUUGAUUUGGAAUAUGGAAUCGAAAAAGAAUUGUCGUUGGGUAGAAGAAUUACGAAAUCUUUAUGAGUUCUACGAUGCUGCGGCUCCUCAGUAUCGCAAGAAUCAAUGGCAAAAUGUCUGGGCAACCAAGGAAGCUAGUGAUCUAUUCAAUGUACCUCUUCAACACAAACAAUUUGAUUAUCCCAUGCCAUUCAUCCGUCAACGUAUCUUCCCUCGUAUUCUUAGCAAGAGUUACAUUGCCAUUCUGCCCAAAUCGGAACAAGAUGAACUGGAGAAAAAGGUCAAUGCCGUUUUGAAUAAUCCAGAAUAUGGAUUUGAUGCCGAUCCUGUCACUGGUGAAUUUAUCUAUCCUCAUGAUACCGAUUUGUAUUGGACCCAAAAGAAAUAGAUCUUAGAUAUAUACUUUUUAUGAUUUAUCUGAACUGCUAGACAGGUCAUCAAUAAACCUCCUAUUAUUCCUUUCAUAGUAAA